AUGUCGGACCUCUUGAUCCUUCUCGCUCUCGUCCCAUUUGCCGGGCUGGUCUCAGCUACGCCUGCGUCACAUAUGGUUGAUGACGAUAGGGAUCCGUCGAGCCGCUUCCACGCCGACGCCCGGGAUAUCCUCAAAGACCCCUGGAAGCGCAGCGACGAGAUCAUCGCCGAGUUGCAAGACUGUCUUGAGAGUCGCUAUGGCCUCCCCACGCCGAUAUCGGGUGCCGUUCUCAACAAUCCUACCAUACAACUUCUACUCCAAGAGCGCGACAACGACAUCCAGAUGCGAUACGACGAAGAGAUGGGCCUUCUCGAAAUAAAGGCCAAUCUCGUCGGUAUACGAGAGCGCUUUGCGAAAUCGUACCAGACGAUCAAGAUGUUCAUCGAGGCCGACAGGCCGAAGGAACGGGCGUGCACUCACGCGUGUACGGAGCUUCUAGCCGAUUAUCGGGUCUUGUGUGAGGCCGUAGAACUGAAGUUCGAGGAUGUGUCAGCGGCCCAGCGGGUCGCUAGGGACGAGAUGGCUGCUCUUGCGCGCAUGUGUCUGAAUCUUGGAGAGCCGGCUCGAGCGCGAUCAUCCCCCUCUUCUGAGGACGUCAUGUAG